UACCCUCUGCUUCGAACUACGAAAAGUUUUGAAACUUAGUAGAAGACCACGUUACUUUUUUCCAGCUCACAGAAAGUUAAAGUCAAUGCGCUGAAGUAAAACCUGAAAUUUUCUUAUAAAAGCUACCUCGAACGAUGUCGUAACGUGAAUAGUCAUACGAUACAUCUCAAAAAGUACAAUGCUCCCAUAACUUCUGUUAAUAUUAUAAGGUCAGUCGCGGUGCCUAUCCGUGCCCGUUUCUCAACUUGUACGUUUGACUUGAGCUUGGUCUGACACCAUGGGGAAUACGGAGAGCAAUGUAACGAGUGGCGUCAAGAAGCAAGCUGGCGUCUCCACACAAGCGCUUUACAAGUUUGUUAAUCUCAAGGGCGGCGGUCUCUUGGUGGAUAUGAUGAAACGGGCGUGUCAGACGAAACAAUUCGCAGAAAUCGAUCACGCAAUAAAAACGAAGGUCGAACCGUUUCUCUAUAAUAAAGGCGCAGGCCGCUACUUUCCAAUUUCGAAAUUGGUGCUCUUACGUAAUAAGGAGCGCGCGCGCACCAAACAACUGCCUGAGAUCAGAGCGCUGGAGAAUCCAGAUGAUGACUUUAAUAUACACGACUACUGUACAGAGGUUUCGGAAGCCGAAUAUAUAUCGAAUCCGAGCGCCUACCGUUUUGUGUGCUGGAAUUUGAAUGAACGCGGCGCUGUCGGCGAGACCAUUUUACAUCUCUGUCUGCUGAACGCCUCAUCAUUGCAUGCGGAUCUGGCCAAACGUCUGCUCAAAUGGUAUCCCAAACUCAUACUCGAUGUCUAUAUGUGCGAUGAAUAUUAUGGUGAGAGCGUGUUACAUAUCGCGAUCGUUAACGAGGACCCGGCGAUGGUUAAAUAUCUACUAGAUGCUGGCGCAGAUGUACAAGAACGUUGUUGUGGCGCCUUCAUGUCCGCCGAGGAUCAGAAACCUUCACGUUACGACUCGCCCGAUCAUGAGUAUGUCGGCGUACAACCGAUGACCAAUUACGAUGGUUAUGUCUAUUGGGGCGAGUACCCAAUGAGCUUUGCUGCCUGUCUCUCACAAAAAGAUUGUUUUCGCUUGGUGUUGGCACGUGGCGCUGACCCCAAUCUGCAGGACACCAACGGCAAUACUUCGCUGCAUAUGCUGGUUAUCUACGAAAAGAUCGAAAUGUUCGAUGUAGCCUACGAGGUAGGCACCAAUAUACACUUACGCAAUAUGCAAAACCUAACGGCGCUUACGUUGGCCGCGAAGCUGGGACGUGUCGAGAUGUUCUUUCAUAUAUUAAGUAUAGAACGUGAGAUAUAUUGGCAACUGGGUAGCAUAACAUGUGCGGCGUACCCAUUGUCGAUGAUCGACACGAUCGAUGUCGAGACAGGGAAUAUCAAUAAAGAUUCGGUAUUGAAUUUCGUAGUUUUCGGUGACAAACUGGAGCACCUGGAGUUGUUAGACGGUGUAGUUAUCGAUUUAUUGAAGACCAAAUGGGAGUCCUUUGUCAAGUCGCGUUUCUACAAACAGUUUUAUAUGUUCUCCUUCUAUUUCCUCUUCUCCUUAAUAAGUUUUAUCUUACGUCCCGGACCGUCUGACAAAAAUGAAGACGAUGAUGGCGAAGAAGUUGAGAGCGGCGGUGUGGUAACUUCUAACCCGCAAGCCAUAAAUACAAGUAGUACUGCUGCAUUUCAUAGAGGCGAUAAGUGGUUACGGCGUUUGAUCAAGCGCGCAAUCGACAAGAUGGAAUACAAAACCUUUUGGUUGAACUUCACUGACUACUUUGACGAUAAUGAUGUGGAACCAGUGCCAUCUUGGUGGGCGAGUUAUGCCGAAUGUCCGCUAAUGAACAUGGAAUCGGACUUAGCGAAGGUACGAAUUGUAGCUGAAAUCAUCAUAUUCUUUGGCUCGAUUUUAUACUUAUUGGCGGCCCUGAGAGAAGCACGUUUUUUGGGUUAUAAAAUGUUUGUCGAGAAUAUGAUGACUGCACCCUCUAGGGUCAUGUUUCUGUUCUCCUGUGCGCUCAUGAUGACUAUACCGUGGCUGAGGUUGUCCUGCAUGACCGAGAUUGAUGAUCAUGUGGCUGUCUUUAUUAUGCUCACUACAGCGCCUUACUUUCUAUUCUUUUGUCGUGGUUUCAAAACUGUCGGUCCUUUCGUUGUGAUGAUCUAUCGCAUGGUCAUGGGUGACCUUAUACGUUUCGUUUCCAUCUAUCUGGUUUUCGUGAUGGGUUUUUCACAAGCUUACUAUAUUAUAUUUCUCACAUUCGACAACCCCGCAACACCAGAGGAAAUCGACGAUUCCGAGUCGAAUCCAAUGCCUUCCCCAAUGGAGUCUAUAGUGGCUAUGUUCUUAAUGUCGCUCACCAAUUUUGGUGACUACUUCGGCGGCAUGGGUUCCACACAGCACGAAUAUGAAGCGAAGACGCUUUUCUUUCUCUUUAUGGUGAUUGUCAGCGUGUUGUUGGUGAACAUGUUGAUCGCUAUGAUGGGUAACACCUAUCAAAAGAUCGCCGAGAUACGCAACGAGUGGCAACGUCAGUGGGCGCGCAUUGUACUGGUAGUGGAGCGUAGUGUACCGCCGGCGGAACGUCUAAAGAAUUUUAUGCAUUACAGUCAACCGAUGUCAGAUGGACGACGUGCUUUGGUGCUUCGGCUGAAUAUGAGCGAUGAGGACAAAGAAGAGAUGAAGGAGGUGCAAGAGAUGAAACGCAUACACCAGCGGUUUUCCAAAAAGCGUCAGGUUGAGCGUGAGGCUCGUGCUCGCAAAAGACAAGAGGAGUACGAAAAAUUCUUCGGUGCAAAGCCGCCGAGUGACCGUGAUAAUAAUAAUACUUGAAGAGAGAUUAUUGGAAGGAUGGACCUGAAAUUUAUAGAUGAUAUGUUUGUAGUAUAAGUAGGUACCAACAGUUAUUGGUCGUAGCUAGGUAAAGUCUGAAAAAUUCUGAACAUUAUAUGUACUAGAUCAAUAAUUGAUUUGUUUAGACAAAUUAAAAUUGAAAACAAAAGGUGAAAUUAAAAACCAUUAGUAUGUUUUAUAGUAUAUCAAAUUAUUCUCCUUUUAUUACAGAUUUCUUCAAACUUUU